GUAGUCUCGUGUUUCCCGCACAUCUUGUCACGCAAUUGUAUUUCGAUUGAUCACAAGCGCAAUUCUGCAUAAUCAAACAAGUUAAAACGUCGCUUACUCGAAGAGUCCUCACAUCUAAACUCUACGCUAACCUCAUGGAUGAGAAAGAGAUCUACUUUGGCUUCGCGUCAAGCUUGAGUGAAAGAAAAAUGGCCGAACGGGGCGCGAAGUUUUUGUCGCGUGAGAGAGCUGUUCUUCGAGGUUUUCGGCUAGAAUUUAGUACUAACUGGAAAGAUGACGGUUAUGGAUACGCAAACAUUGUUCCUGAAGAAGGAUCAGUUGUUCAUGGAGCUUUAUAUGUUUGUGAACGAGGAAGCAUGUCCAGUAUGGAUCGCGAGCACGUGGUUGAAGGAAAUCAUUUUCGAAGGGUAACUGUAACAGUUGAGAAGAAGAAUGGUGAAUUGGUAAAAGCUACUACAUACAUAGCUAAUGAUGAGUUUGUUCAGCAAGGGCUUAGUCCAAGUGAAGUUUAUUUGAACGAAAUUCUUGAAGGUGAAGAUAUUAUUCCAAUGGAGUACGCAGAGUUUAUCAGAAGCUUUUCUAAGUCGAAAUGAGCCCGCGAAUAUCUUGUCACCUUCACUGUUGUACUUUGGGUAAGCGUUGCGUGAAAUCCAUAGGAAUGGCCAAGAACGGCCAAGAUCUGAUUGUUCAUUCUUCCCUCUAGCUGCGACACAUUUCCCUGUAUAUUAGUUUCGAGAAUUUGGUGUUCGAUCAUGAUAACAACCUGUGCCAAGUUCGAGUAUUCUCAUUACCUGUUUGCUAAAAAUAUAUAUAUAGAUAUUAUAGGGAGAAAUUACAUUUCAAUCACUUCUGAGAGUCAAAAGGGUCAACACUAUUUCGGUACAAUUAACUCUUAAGGGUUUGAGAAACUUGACACCUGUGAGACCUAAUGAGGCCCCUAAAGAGGUUGUUAUUGCAGUAGUUUUACUUGACAUCUAUUGGACCUAAUGAGACUCUAAAGAGGUUGUUGUUGCAGUAGUGUUCAUAAGGUUCAAACAACAACUAGUAAAAAUUUAAUUCUUUAUGACCAACUCUAGAUUAAUGUAUAGCAUGAGACUUUCUUUAUUAAACAAGAAGCAGUAUUCACAAGGCAACUUAGUUAUGGGUAUUGUUUUCCUCAGUUACUAUGUUAUUACAAAACUAUAGAGAUUUUUUUUAGUCUUGUUCAAGUAUCUGUGAGUAUAGCAGAGUGAAGGAACACCUUGGUCACAACUCUUGUGUGUGGAAGAUUAUGACAGUAAUGAUCACAAUGAUGUUGGUAGAGAUUCAGUUGACAAUGAUGAUGAUGGUGAUGUUCACACCAGCAAAUUUUAAACCUAGCCAGUCUCCAUGUAUGAACUUAAAAUACAGAAACUGUUACAAUAUAAUACAGUCGGUCAGAUAAAUUUGCACCCUUUAACAACGUAAGGCUAUUGGUAGAAGUUUCUUUCUUACCAAAUAUUUUAAAUAUUCCCAAUGACUAUUUGCACAACAACCCAGCUUCCACUUAAUAUACACUCAAUGUAAUUUAGCCAUGAGGGGGGUGGAUACUCUACAUAAUUAUCUCCCCUAUCCCUGGGCAAUUUACAGUC